UGCCAGUACUACUGGUCCUUCUACUUCUUGGUUUCUGCACAGAAGCUUGCCACGCCAAGGAGAAGUCACUAAUCAAAAGCUUUCCGGUGAAGCAUAGGAGAUUGACUAGUUUCACCAUGAAUAUUGCAGCAAGUAUACCAUCCUUUCCAGCAAGAUUCAUACUAAUCCUUCUAGUAGUUCUUGGUUUGUGCACUGUAGCUUCCCGCGCUAAGGAUGAUCAUCACUGUGAGCCUUCUUCCUGCGGCCACAUCCGAAAUAUAAGUUACCCUUUCCGACUCAAUGAUGAUCCAAAGAAGUGCGGUAAAUCAAGGUAUAACCUGUCUUGUGAGAACAAUCUCGCUGUUUUGCACUUGUAUUCAGGAAGAUACUAUGUGCUUGCCAUCAAUUAUGGAAACUACACAAUCCGAGUUGUGGAUGCCAAUAUUCGUAAGGAUAACUGUUCUUCACUCCCUCGUUAUUCCUUGGCCAGCUAUAACUUCAGUUAUAAGGAUCCAUACAGCAUUACAUAUUCUUCGUGGGUCGAUAGGUUUGAACUGUCAAAGCCUAUAAUCUUCUUUACCUGUGAAACUCGGCCGGUGAAUUCAUAUCUCUAUAUGGAUACUGCUCCUUGCAUUAAUGCAAUGAGUGGGCAUUCUUUUGUUAUCACCGAAAGCUUAAACGCCUCGAAUUUGUGGGAUUCAUGUCGCAUAGAGCUGAUGGUCUUGACAUCAUCGUCAAUUGGUAUAACGGACGUGAACAGGUCCUACAUAGACAUCCACAAUAAGCUGCUCUAUGGUUUUGAACUUUCAUGGCUGGAGAGCUACCGUAGCUCAGGUAUUAAAUAUUGGUCUGGGGAGUCCUGCUAUGUCGACACAACCAACAAAGUUAAUUGUGGCAACAUCUACGGUCUUCUGGAUUAUCUAAUAGCAGUACCAGCUGGUGGGAUUCUAGGUGCAGUGGUUCUGUGGACUGCACCAAAAGCUGUAUUCGGAGUUCCAUGUGUGGUCGUCCUUUUAAUCUUGAAGUUGAAAAGACGACAUUUAUCAAUGUAUAACGUUAUUGAAGAAUUCUUACAAAGUCACAACAACCUCAUGCCUAUACGGUACUCGUACUCCAACAUCAAGAAGAUGACCAAAGGAUUUAAGGAAAAAUUGGGGGAAGGAGGUUAUGGCUCUGUGUACAAAGGAAAGCUUCGGAGCGGUCACCUUGUUGCUGUUAAGAUGUUGGGAAAUUCCAAAACUAACGGGCAAGAUUUUAUGAAUGAAGUUGCUACCAUUGGAAGAAUUCAUCAUGUAAAUGUGGUGCGACUAAUUGGCUAUUGUGCUGACGGAUCAAAGCGUGCUCUUGUAUAUGAGUACAUGUCAAAAGGGUCUCUUGAUAAACACAUAUUUCCCAAGGAGGGAUUCAUUUCCUUAAGUUGCAAGGAAGCAUUUGAAAUUUCACUAGGAGUGGCCCGUGGUAUUGAUUAUCUGCAUGAAGGGUGUGAUAUGAAAAUUUUGCAUUUCGAUAUCAAGCCACACAACAUUCUUCUUGACGAGAAGUUUGUUCCCAAGAUUUCAGACUUUGGUCUGGCAAGAUUAUGCCCAUCAGAUGAAAGCAGUUUAAUUUUGACCGCAGUAAGAGGAACCUUUGGAUACAUAGCUCCAGAAUUCUUUUACAAGAAUAUUGGAGGUGUGUCGAACAAAGCUGAUAUCUAUAGUUUUGGAAUGUUGUUGAUGGAAAUUGCAGGGAAAAGAAGGAAUUUAAAUGCACUUGCACCAAAUACGAGCCAAAUUUACUUUCCUUCUUGGGUGUAUGACCAGUUCAAUGAAGAAAAGGAGGUGGAAAUUGAAGAUGCCACGGACGACGAAAAGAAACUAACAAAGAAAAUGCUCAUGGUAGCAUUGUGGUGUAUACAAAUGAAGCCUAGUGACCGUCCUAAUUCGAUGAACAAAGUAGUAGAGAUGCUUGAAGGAGAAGUUGAAUUCAUUCAAAUGCCUCCCAAACCUUUCCUAUAUCCACAAGACAUGCCAGUAGGAUGAUGAGGAUGAUUCCGAAACAACUUUGUCAUCAUCACUGCCAUUGAAAAAUGAAGCUCAAGAGUCAAUUAGUUUGAUUCAAAAUCCAAAUUAAAGGAAGUGAUCGAUGUACUAGUUAAUAUUUGUAUUCACAAUGGAGCAGGCAUUUCCUAUCAUGCAGUAAUUAAUAAGUGUUCUUCCAUGCUCCUCAUAUACACUUCUUGUACUACUUUA